CAUAGCACCUUAUUUAAUCCACCAUCGCUUCGAUAAGUUACUAUGUCACAUGAAAUAUGUUCAGUUAUUAGGGUUUCACUGUCGCUAAUAACCUAAUUAACUACAAAUCGUUGUAUGUGUGGCCAGUCAACACAAAGCAUUAAGCAAUUUCAUGCAAUAGAGAUUGGAAGAAAAGAAUCAUAAAUCAAUCCAUCAAAUCAAGAAAUAGCUACAUCCUAUGGUGUUUCCCCCAGAAAUUGGGGUUUAGUUCAUGACGAAAUUAAGAUAAAACGAUAAGAUUUUGUUCAUCAUGUUCUAAAUCAACAAGAAACAACUAAUUCGGUUUAGAAAAUCCAACCAACUAAUCGCUCUCGUUGAACUCAGCUCAAACCGCCUGGAAGCGAUUGAGAAUCGCCUGGUCGCCUUUGUUGUGUGCUCCGUGCGCUGCGCCCUUACUUUUCUCUCCAAGAAUUCGCGUCUCCUCAAAACAAUCACCCCACUCCUAAAUUGCCUUCUGCUGCCUGCUUUUCUAUUCCGUCUCCUCCCGACCAAUAAUCCCCUCCUUCCGUCCUUUUUUCCUCCUCCCUCUAGAAUUCCGCCCAAACACCAAAAAAACAAAAGUCUCACCCCACUCCAAUAAAGUUCCGCCCAGCCUCCUCCAAUACAAAGAUAAGCUCCCUUCAGUUAAAUGCCCAGCUCAUCAAGAAAGGCCAGCCCGCCAGAAUUUAGUGGCGCCCUUCUCCAGGCCCAAAGAAUCUUGUUCCGCGCCUCCAUGAGAAUUCCGCCGGCGCCAUUUAUUUUGAUCCCGUGGCAGCUGGGCCUUGAGCUGCCCGUGUCCCUCCAUCAAUUGGGCUUUAGCCCAAUUACUUGUUGUGGAAGAAACAUGGAUCCAAUUCCUCCCGCCAUCUCCUGUUUCGGAAGUUCCAGUGCUACCAUUUUAUCUAUCUUUUCACCUAAACACACACCAAAACUCCAACACAAAAUGGUAAUGGCUUUUCAACCAUUACGGAUUAAUUCUCCCUAAAAUAGCACCAAUCGGCUUAAACAUACCAUGAGAUAAUUACAUAAAGUCCAAGAAUCCGAUAUAUUAAAGCUGAAUAUCACUCACCACUUGCAGUAGGUGCUGGAUUUGCAGCACAUGUGGUAGCCGUAGGGGUUGGAUUUGCCACACUUGUGAUAGGUGCUGGAUUUGCGGCACUUGUUUCAGUUGUGGAUGGAGAAGGAUCCACAAUAGUCCUAGCAACACAAGUAGAAGGUGUUUUUUUGGAAGUGCCGCCUUUUUUAGAAGUGGAACGAAGAGGAAGGGAUCCACCCUUCGAAUUAGAUCCUCCACGAGAAGGACCACUAGAGGGUUUUGUCCUACAAAAGUAUAACAAUUUGACUUUGUUAUGUUAAUAAAAAUUAAAAACCAAAUGCUCCAAUCUAGCAAAAGACAUAUGGUCAAACAUAAACAAUUCACAAUUGUCAAUUACUCAAUUGAUUAGGUCGGCACUAAAAUCUAAUUCAUCUAAAUUAUAAUUCACCACCAAAAGACGUAUGAUACAAGUAUGCUACUAUUUUGCUUCACAAUUCACUAAAAUCUAAUUCAUCUA